AUGGAAAAAAAACCGUCAAAAUCUUUCGUCUUUAAAGAAGAUGAUGAAAUUCAAAGUUUUCAUCAUCGAUUAAAUGAAUUAUCAUUUAAUAAUAAUAUUUCUACACCAGCGACUAUUCUAGAAGUCGAUGAAACACAAACGGAUUCACUUUUUCAAACGUUAUCGUCUGAUUCGAAACAAAUAUUCAAUAGUCUUACAACAUCAACUAAGUCAGAAUCAAAAAUAUAUCAAUUAGGUCUAGAAUUUUUACAUGGUUAUGAUGGAAAAUUUAAUUAUCCAGAAGGACAUACAUUGGUGAUGAUUUUUGAAAAAAGACCUUGGCUAUUAACGAUUGAGAAAAUCAAGUGCGUUGAAUGUCGAUUAGGUGAAUCUGAGCCACAAUCUCUUUUAAUGCUGAGCUUUGAAUUCUAUCUUUUUUUUCAAUAUUUAAUAAUCCUUACUUGA